UAUAUAGACACCAGAAUUACACUUAACUCAUCAGUCAUCAUCACUGCCAAGUCCAACCAAAUUCUGAAUUCCAAGCACAACGAAAAUGAGGCCACAAAAACUCAAGUUGCUGCUAGCAUCAUUGGUGUUGCUUAUUGUUGCGCAAUGUUUUUCCAACACAAAAGCUUCUCUCCUUCCUUUGAUAGAUCCUCCCACCUCUCUCUUAUCUGACCUCUGGCCGGACCCGUUCCGAGUGCUGGAGCAAGUCCCAUUCGGGGUAGGCGGCAGGGACGAGCAAGCAGCGAUGGCACUGUCGCCGGCGAGAGUGGACUGGAAGGAGACUCCGGAGGGACACGUGAUCAUGCUGGACGUGCCGGGGCUGAAGAGAGACGAGAUCAAGAUCGAGGUUGACGAAGGAAGGGUGCUGCGAGUGAGCGGAGAGCGCAAGAGGGAGGAAGAAAGGAAGGGAGAUCACUGGCAUAGGGUUGAGAGGUCAUAUGGAAAGUUCUGGAGGCAGUUUCGGAUGCCGGAGAAUGUUGACUUGGAUUCUGUUAAGGCGAAGCUUGACAACGGUGUGCUUACUUUGAUUCUUGAUAAGCUGUCACCUGAUAAGAUCAAGGGUCCUAGGGUGGUUACCAUUGCUCCUGGGGAGUCUGAGGGUGCGGGUCCCGCCGAACACGACAACAGUGGCGCCAAGCGGCAAGAGCUUUGAAUUUAGAGUCUCUUCGCGAGUUGAAGGGCAUCAUCAUCACUAUCGUCUUGCGUUUAAUUUGUGAAUAAGAGUAUGUACAAUGUAAUGUUGCUUGCAUUGUGUCUCCAUGGAUGAAGUUUGAGGUCCUAUAUAUAUGUUGCAUAUAUCCACUAAUACACCACUGUUUUGUUAAUCUGGUGAUGAAUCGAAA